CGCAACCGCUCCCCUUCUUUAUCUGCAGCCUACAGACUCAACAAAUGAUACCACUUGGAGAGUUUAUUGCACUGUCAGUAUAACGUAGCCUAAAAUGUGUUAUGCUGGCUUUAUCGGACAGUUUUAUUUCCCUGGCUGGGCGAAGGACAGCUAUUAUAUACCUGGAUGAAUUGUCGACACUGUCUUUUAACUCGGGAAUGCAUAUUGUGGACUAGCAGUUGCAUUUAGGAUAUUUGUUUUUCCUUAUUCUGACCAUGUGGAAGUGUUGAAAUGCGCACGACAGUGGAUUCGGUUCCGCUUAUAAAUACUGUAUUUAAUAAUUACGGUAGUUCCGUGCUACAUGUUUUUUUUAUUCGAUGCGUUUAGUUGAUGGCGACAGUUUUAUGUGACUCAACUCAACUUCUUCACCUGCGGCUGUUCCUUCUGAACACGGCCAGCUUGAAGACAACGGUUUUACACACCACGAACUGUCAUUGAACAACCAUCCCGAAAGGAGUUACAAGAGAGUGGAAUUUACUUUCUAAAACUUUGUAAUACCUCAACCAAGUUAUGACUUCGGUUUGGAAAAGAUUACAACGCGUUGGCAAGAAAGCUUCAAAAUUCCAGUUUGUGGCGUCUUAUCAAGAACUUGUGUUGGAAUGCACGAAGAAAUGGCAACCAGAUAAAGUCAGGGUGGUUUGGACCAGAAGAAAUAGGCGUAUGUGCUCUAAGCUUCAUGGAUGGCAGCCGGGCAUCAAGAACCCCUACAGGGGGAUGGUGGUUUGGCCCGUACCUGAAAACGUGGAUAUCUCCCUCACACUCUUCAGGGAUCCCCAUUCUGAUGUGUUUGAAGACAAAGACUGGACAUUUGUCAUUGAGAGUGAGACAAAGGGUCAACGUAAGGUCUUGGCUGCAGUGGACGUGAAUAUGAAGAAGUUUGCCAGUGCCACUCCCACUCAGCAAGACCUGACAUUGAAGCUGAAGCCCCUGUCUGUCAAGGUGCUGGAGGCCACUCUGAAGCUCUCCCUGUCCUGUGUGUUUCUCAGAGAGGGGAAAGCCACUGACGAAGACAUGCAGAGCCUGGCCAGUCUGAUGAGUGUCAAACCCACAGACAUCGGUAACCUUGACGACUUCAACGAGAGUGAUGAGGAGGAAGACAGGAGGUCUAGUGCUGGAGCUAGCAUUAGCAAAGCUGCCGCAGUACCUGGGUCUUUUCUCAGUAGUCUCCCAGGGGCUCUGAGUGGCCCUGCAGUGGACUUGAAGCCUCGGGGUGUUAGCAUCUCUCAACCCCCCUCCGACCCACAGAGAGAGAUACAGAGGGGGUUGAAGACUCUCACAGAAGAGGACUACCACAGUCCUACUCUUGGUCCGAAACUGUCAGAGCAGCAGACAGCGUCUGUAUCCAGUGAGACCGUUCCCCUGGCUCUGAGAGGGGACGAGUCUCCUCACUCCCCCAGGACCGUUGGCGCCAUCAGGAUCACAAACCAACAAGCCUCUGCUGAGAAAACUGCGGGGUUGAAAGAUGCCAGUACUAUUAAAGGUUCUGGGCAAGAUGGCGACCCAGCAACUGGUGUUCCUGGCCCUAUUCACACAGAAGUCUCAGCAGAGCUUAUUCCAGCGCUCCCUCCUCCAUGGCCUUUCUCUAGCCCAGAGACAGAAGCACCAGAGAGCACUACCCAUAAAGAGCCCAACAUCCUGGGAGCGUUUAGUGCUGAUAACAUGCCAUUGGCUGAAAAGAAGCCUGACUUUAAACAGAAAUCCAAUGAGACCAAAGAAGUGCCUUCUCAACCUGUCAAACCAGAGGACAACUCUGCCUCAACCCCGGGUGAAAAACCUUUUAGUGCAGACAAGCCGCCAUUGGCUGAGCUCAACCUUGAUGACAUAAUCAGAGAGACGCCUGAUCCGUCAGUCAUGGCCGGUAACUUAUUUUUGGAGGACAAUGCAGAUGAAGAAACAUCAAAAGUGGGCGCAGUAAAGAGGUCACCAUUCAGCCCCUUGAUGACUGGAAUGGAUCAUCAGGAUGGAGGUGUUGAACGGACCGCUGAUCCAGAGUCAACUGGAGUGCCAACAUCAAUGGAGCUCCACGUAGAGCACGGCCCAGUUGACACAAAGACACUUCCAGAGGUUGGAAACAUCACGUGUGCAGCUGAGAAGCACGCCAAAGGCCUAGAGCAGCCCGUUGAUAAGACGCACAGGAAACAGAGCCCAGUGCCUCAUUCACCUUGUUUAUAUGACCUCAACAGGUCAGAUGAAGACAAGGAAAUUUUGAAAAGCAUGGCUGCCCUGAAGGCAGGUCCUCCCAGCAAAGACAAGGAAAUGAAAAUGCCAAUCAAAGCGAAAAGGCCAUCAUGGACUGAGGAGGUUAUGGGCUCCAAAGAGAAUGAUAAGAAACAGAUGGACCAUCAACCCCGGGAUGAGAAGGCCUCAUUAUCACAAGCUGAUGAGCACAAAUCAGCCACUCUAGAAGUUCAAGUGAACAAGAGUGUAGAGGAGUCACAUAGUUCUGAAUGGAACGCAGCGAAAGAGGAAGCAGGCUUUUUGGAAGAACACAGAAGAGAUGCUAACUGUGUUCUGAAAGAGCGCUCAGACAACGAUGUUAAACCAGAAGCUGCUAUUAUCAGAGUUGAGGGUGACAAGCAAAUCAUCUCAGAUGAAUCAGAGCUGCUCCAGAUGCCAGCUUCCCCAGAGCCCACUACCCAGUCUUCAGCUACCCCAGAGCCCACUACCCAGUCUUCAGCUACCCCAGAGCCCACUACACAGUCUUCAGCUACCCCAGAGCCCACUACACAGUCUUCACCCUCCCCAGAGCCCACUACACAGUCUUCAGCUUCCCCAGAGCCCACUACACAGUCUUCAGCUACCCCAGAGCCCACUACACAGUCUUCACCCUCCCCAGAGCCCACUACACAGUCUUCAGCCUCCCCAGAGCCCACUACACAGUCUUCAACCUCCCCAGAGCCCACUACACAGUCUUCAGCCUCCCCAGAGCCCACUACACAGUCUUCAGCUACCCCAGAGCCCACUACACAGUCUUCAGCUACCCCGGAGCCAACUGCCCAGUCUUCUGCUACCCCAGAGCCCACUACCCAGUCUUCUGCUACCCCAGAGCCCACAGUGACCCAGUCUUCUGCUACCCCAGAGCCCACUACCCAGUCUUCUGCUACCCAGUCUUCUUCUACCCCAGAGCCCACACUGACCCAGUCUUCUGCUACCCCAGAGCCCACUACCCAGUCUUCUGCUACCCCAGAGCCCACAGUGACCCAGUCUUCAGCUACCCCAGAGCCCACUACCCAGUCUUCUGCUACGCCAGAGCCCACUACCCAGUCUUCUGCUACCCCAGAGCCCACUACCCAGUCUUCUGAAUCACUUAGAAAACAGAUGAUUGAAGAGGAAAAUGGUAAAGAUAGUGUACCGUCAAUAUCGACUACACCCCUCCUGGAUCUCCCUGCGAAGGCUGUCGGUAGCUUCACCAUGGAGCGCACAUUGCUGUUAGACACGCCUGUGUCAGUGGAAGGAGACAUUUCUCCAGCUGGAGAGUCAGAUGUUAAGAAGAAAGAGGGGCCGUGCGAUAUGAAGCGUCCUCCCAGUAGGGAGGCUGUAACUGAGGCAGAAAGGCCUCUGUGGGCUACUUUAGAGGAGGAAACUAAGGAGAAGGGGACAGAGGGAGUAGGCAUGAGCACAUUGGAGCCAAGAAAGAAUACCUUGCAAACAGGAUCUGAGACGGCUGAGGGGGGGGGAAAGUCCAGUGACCUGGCUGUCCCAACAAGAUGCUCUAAGAAAGCUUCUCAGCCAUCCUCACCAGACACCACAACCCAGGGUAACAUCCAGGGUAACAUCCAGGGUAACUCAGGCAGUGAAGAGCCACAGUCCAAUGGACAGACCCCAGCAGAUAAGGAGGUCCCUUCUGGUCAAGCGUCAGAUACGGUUGUUCCUCCUCGACGCAGCAAGAAGAAACCCCUUUCCUUUCCUGUGGUCUUCCAGGAAGUUGCCCCAGAGGCCUCCACUCCCCCUGCGGACAAGGACGAAGCCCAUGGGAAGGAUGUGUUCGUCCUCAUCCAGGAGAUGCCUGGUCCUCUGCCCAGUCCUGGUCUCGUGUCCUCCAGCAGGUCUUUACUGGAGUGGUGCCAGGUGGUUACACAGGGUUAUAAGGGAGUGAAGGUCACUAAUUUUAACACCUCCUGGCGUAAUGGUCUGGCUUUCUGUUCCAUCCUACACCACUUCUAUCCCGACAAGAUAGCUUUUGAGGCACUGGAACCCAACGAUAUCAAGUUAAACAACAAGAAGGCCUUUGAUGGCUUCGCUGCGCUGGGCAUCUCCCGACUGCUGGAGCCCUCAGACAUGGUGCUGCUCUCUGUGCCAGACCGCCUGAUCAUCAUGACAUACCUGAGUCAGAUCCGCACCCACUUUACGGGGCAGGAGCUGAGUGUUCUUCAGAUAGAGCACAACAGCAGCCAGUCCAGCUAUGCAGUGACUGAGCCCAGUGAGGGUUCUGAUGUGGAUGCUGCUGCUCGCUUCUGUGCCCGCAAGUUACAGGAAGGUAGCAUCUCCCUGGAGGACGGUGCUACAGAACAGGCUUCUAAGCCCAAUGGGAGCCUAGUGCCACCCCCCCGGACUAAACGGGUGACAAAAGUGGAAGAGAAGGGAAGCGUAGCUGGGGAUUUGGAUGGGGGAAUGGGAGAGACACAGACCCCCGUGCCUCCACCCAGGUCACACACCUCUGCAGCCAAAUCAGGAUUUGGUCACGUAAGAGACGCCGACCUGGUGAAGAAAAGGCGCUUGCGGCUGAAGAGUGAGUCCAUGGAUGAAGGGGAUGUGGUGGAGCAGCAGAGUAGCACAUCUAAGAGCACAGAGUCAGCUGAAAGUGUAUCAGACAGAGAAGUGAAGAAUGUCUCCUCAGAAUCCGAGUCAAGGAGCCCAGCACAAGUCCAGGAGUCCAGUGUCCCAAGCCAGGAGGAGGAUACUCUGGACACCAGUCAGUAUGUGCUGAGUGAGCUGCAAGCCCUGGAGACUGAACAGAAGCACAUCGACAACCGAGCAGGCAUCGUGGAGAGGAGACUCAGAAGACUGAUGGAAUCAAGUAGCGACCGUGACGAGGAAGAGAAACUGAUCCAGGAGUGGUUCACUCUGGUCAACAAGAAGAACGCCCUGAUCAGGAGACAGGAUCAUCUGGAGCUGCUGCAGGAGGAGCAGGACUUGGAGAAACGAUUUGAACUACUGAAUAGAGAACUUAGAGCCAUGAUGGCCAAUGAAGAGUGGCAGAAGACUAAGGCCCAGCAGCACCGGGAGGAGCUCCUACUGCAGGAACUGGUCUCUCUGGUCAACCAGCGGGACGAGCUGGUCAGGGACUUGGACGCCAAGGAGAGAGGUGCCGUUGAGGAGGAUGAGCGUCUGGAGCGAGGGCUGGAGCUUAGACGCAGGAACUUCAGCAACAAAGACAAGUGUGUGCUGCAGUGAGAGUAGGGACGACAAUGACAAAUAGCGCAGUGCCUUAAAUACCAACCCAUCUAGAACUAAACCUCCUCAAUCUCUGCUUCAAACCAAGCUCUCAGUCACUCAGCAACCUACAAUAUGAAACACUCCUAGACAAACAUGUCACCACUUCAACAAAUCCUUAACUGGGAUUUUGGGACUGAUGGUUAAUAAACAAUUAUACCCCCGGGGGUGCUGGGGCUGUGUGCCUUCCCUUUUGGAGAUACUUGAAGAAAUAAAUCCCUCUGUACCUUGAGGUAAGAGACUCUGGGAAGGUCGCCCAUCCAUGGAGUACUUUUGUUUGAGAAACGAGGACCUUUCCAAUUCAGUCUGGCAAUGUGCCUUACUCUGUCAUUCAAUAGACAGAAAGCCCACUGUACAAACAGAUGUGCUGUGUACUUUUAGACUGCCAUGAAGCUAAGAGGUUCAGAUGUAUAGGCCAUCAUGUUUACUUUUAUGUAUAUAAACAUCUCACUGAUCUCAUCAACAAUAUAAGAGAACUUUGCCUGAAUGCUUUGAUGGAACUGGCUAUGAAAUGAACGGUCUGGUGUUUAGACACAAAAUAAAUCAGUCCUCUGUGUAUACAGGAAGGUUUGGUAACAUCAGGCCUCUUUGUAUACAGGAGGGUUUGGUAACAUCAGCUCUGUGUAUACAGGAGGGUUUGGUAACAUCAGGCCUCUGUGUAUACAGGAGUGUUUGGUAACAUCAGCUCUGUGUAUACAGGAGGGUUUGGUAACAUAGGCUCUGUGUAUACAGGAGGGUUUGGUAACAUCAGCUAUUUGUAUACAGGAGAGUUUGGUAACAUCAGCUCUGUGUAUACAGGAGGGUUUGGUAACAUCAGGCUUCUGUGUAUACAGGAGGGUUUGGUAACAUCAGGCCUCUGUGUAUACAGGAGGGUUUGGUAACAUCAGGCCUCUGUGUAUACAGGAGGGUUUGGUAAUAUCAGCUCUGUGUAUACAGGAGGGUUUGGUAACAUCAGGCCUCUGUGUAUACAGGAGGGUUUGGUAAUAUCAGCUCUGUGUAUACAGGAGGGUUUGGUAACAUCAGGCCUCUGUGUAUACAGGAGGGUUUGGUAACAUCAGGCCUCUGUGUAUACAGGAGGGUUUGGUAACAUCAGCUCUGUGUAUACAGGAGGGUUUGGUAACAUCAGCUCUGUGUAUACAGGAGGGUUUGGUAAUAUCAGCUCUGUGUAUACAGAAGGGUUUGGUAACAUCAGCUCUGUGUAUACAGGAGGGUUUGGUAACAUCAGCUCUGUGUAUACAGGAGGGUUUGGUAACAUCAGCUCUGUGUAUACAGAAGGGUUUGGUAACAUCAGCUCUGUGUAUACAGGAGGGUUUGGUAACAUCAGCUCUGUGUAUACAGGAGGGUUUGGUAACAUCAGCUCUGUAUAUACAGGAGGGUUUGGUAACAUCAGCUCUGUGUAUACAGGAGGGUUUGGUAACAUCAGCUCUUUGUAUACAGGAGGGUUUGGUAACAGCAGCUCUGUGUAUACAGGAGGGUUUGGUAACAUCAGCUCUUUGUAUACAGGAGGGUUUGGUAACAGCAGCUCUGUGUAUACAGGAGGGUUUGGUAACAUCAGCUCUUUGUAUACAGGAGGGUUUGGUAACAGCAGCUCUGUGUUUUACUUUGGACCCAGAUGUUUGAUGAAAGACUCAAGUUCAUGAGAGUAUCAUGUCUUGAUGACUUCUGGUGAUGACUUGUAAUUGUGUUUUAUCAAUCUUUCUAUUAUUUAUGGAUUGGACAUGUGCAUGAGAAAUGUUUGGGUUAGGUGUGUCAUAUUACAAGUGGCAUGAACAGUCAGAUCUAACCAGAAAUGAAAGAAAAAGAGAAUAGUGAAUAAAGGUGAAACUAGUUGUAGACAUAAGCUAGUAGUCCUACUUGGAAAACAUACAUACCAUCCUGUAUAUAAUACUGUAUGUCCCUCUAUUAUUCUGAGUAUCCCAAGUGUUGCAGCGGUCUAAGGCACUGCAUCUCAGUGCUAAAGGUGUCACUACAGACCCUGGUUCGAUUCCAGGCUGUGUCACACCUGGCUGUGAUUGGGUGGCACACCAUUUUCCCAGUGUUGUCCGAGUUAGGGUUUGGCAGGGGUCAUUAUAAAUAAGAAUUUGUUCUUUAGACUUGCCUAGUUAAAACAAAUGUAUAUUAAUUACCUGGCACUGCAUGUUUUUUGAAAGAUCUGUCAAAUUGUCUAGUAUUAAUAGAGUCAACAUUUACCAAUAGCUUGUUCGAUGUUAUGUGCUAUUUAUCAUAGAUGAUGAUUACUAUUAUUCAUGGUGUUAUUAAUAUUAUUUUCUUCUAUUUUUUUCAACUAUUUCAAUUUUAGUUUUGUUUUCUGCAUUGUUGGAAAGGGCCCUUAGGUAAACGUUUCAUUGUUAGUCAACACUUCUUUCUUUUUUUACGAAGCAUGUGACAUUUUUUUUGGGGGGGGGGGGGGGGGGGGUAGAUCUGAAAAUGUAAUGAUGUGACAAUAAAGUAUUACUUUGUCCAAGCCUCUUUUUAAAAAGGAUACGCAAUGUUUUGUUUAAACCUGUGAGUGAUACAUAAUGCAUUUUAAGAGUUUGUUUGAAUAUGUUUUCUCUAAAUUGUUGUCAUAUUAAAUUAUGUGGUACUUCUUCA